UGCUCUUCGAGUCCACCCCUCGUCUCUCCCCUCUCCCUCUCUCUCUCCUCUUUCUCUCUCUCUCUCCUCUGCACUUCUGCAACUGACUAUAAUCAGAUCGAGCAUUCCGCUUCGAUUAUAGCUUGUCGGUUUUUGCUGAUCUCAACUCCGACUCUCUAUUCAGGGGGCCGUCAACUAUCGGAAUCAGUAAAGUUUCGUCUUGUCCUCGGGAGCAUUUGGAACCUUUGAAGAGCUCGCCCUAGCUGCAAUUCGGAGGGAAGAUCGUGAUGAUUGCGCCGAUCUCCGGCCACCAAUUGGCGAUUCAGCUUGCGAAUUUGGGCUUGUUUGUCGCUUCGAGUCUGGGGUGAAGCUCGUGGGGGGAGGGGGCUUGAUGAAUGGGGGGGCUGGGUUUUGAGAAUGUGGCUUGCCGUUUAGAACCUUUUCUGUUUCGUUUGGGGAAGUGAGGAUUUUGUAUGUUCCGGACGCAAAAAAGGAUGACUUCUGAAGCUAACAGAACCGCUGGCUCCGUUGAAAGGGACAUUGAGCAGGCCAUUACAGCUCUUAAGAAAGGGGCUUGCUUGGUUAAGUAUGGAAGAAGAGGGAAGCCUAAGCCUUGUCCCUUUCGGCUGGCAAAUGAUGAAUCUGUAUUAAUAUGGUUCUCGGGGAAAGAGGAGAAACACCUCAAACUAAGUCAUGUAUCCAGAAUUAUCUCUGGACAGCGCACUCCAAUCUUUCAAAGGCAUCCACGGCCCGAGAAAGAGUACCAGUCCUUUUCACUUAUAUACAACGACAGGUCAUUGGAUCUGAUUUGCAAAGAUAAAGAUGAAGCUGAGGUAUGGUUUAGCGGUCUAAAGGCACUAAUUUCACGAGCUCAUCAAAGGAAAUGGAGAACGGAGUCAAGGAGCGAUGGUAUUUCAUCUGAAGCUAAUAGUCCCCGUACAUACACACGAAGGAGUUCUCCUUUGAAUUCUCCAUUUGGUAGUGGAGAUAGCUUGCAGAAGGAUGCUGAUCAGCUUCGCCUUCAUAGUCCAUAUGAAAGUCCUCCCAAAAGUGGCCUGGAUAAGCCAUUUUCAGAAGUAAUGCUAUAUUCAGUGCCUCCUAAGGGUUAUUUCCCUGCAGAUUCUGCUAGUGGUUCUGUCCAUUCUUUAUCCUCUGGAGGGUCAGAUAGCAUACAUGGUCAAAUGAGAGCUAUGGGGAUAGAUGCUUUUAGGGUGAGCCUGUCAAGUGCUGUGAGCUCAUCAAGCCAGGGUUCUGGUCAUGAUGAUGGUGAUGCCUUGGGGGAUGUUUUCAUUUGGGGGGAAGGUACUGGGGAUGGUGUUCUUGGUGGUGGACCUUACAAAAUUGGAAGUUGUUCUGGUGUUAAAAUGGACUCUUCACUGCCAAAAGCAUUAGAAUCUGCACUUGUUCUUGAUGUUCAGAAUAUUGCUUGUGGUGGUCGACAUGCUGCUUUAGUAACCAAACAAGGAGAGAUUUUUUCCUGGGGAGAGGAAACGCGUGGCAGACUGGGGCAUGGUGUAGAUUCUGAUGUUUUGCAUCCAAAGCUCAUUGAUGCUCUCAGCCAUACAAACAUUGAACUUGUAGCAUGUGGUGAGUACCAUACAUGUGCCGUAACUCUUUCAGGUGAUCUGUAUACAUGGGGUGAUGGCCAUUUUGGUCUUCUUGGGCAUGGAAAUGAAGUCAGCCACUGGGUCCCAAAAAGGGUGAAUGGACCUUUGGAGGGUAUACAUGUUUCAUCUAUCUCAUGUGGGCCCUGGCAUACUGCUGUUGUGACUUCUGCUGGGCAGUUGUUUACUUUUGGUGAUGGAACAUUUGGUGUUUUGGGUCAUGGAGAUCGGAGAAGUGUUUCCAUACCCAGGGAAGUGGAGUCACUUAAGGGGCUCCGGACUGUACGGGCAGCUUGUGGUGUUUGGCAUACUGCUGCAGUUGUUGAAGUCAUGGUUGGGAAUUCAAGUUCCAGCAACUGCUCUUCUGGAAAGCUGUUUACAUGGGGAGAUGGGGAUAAAUAUCGACUUGGACAUGGUGACAGGGAAGCAAAACUUGUGCCCACUUGUGUUGCUGCCCUAGUUGAACCCACCUUUUGUCGAGUUGCUUGUGGGCAUAGCCUGACUGUUGCACUUACAACUUCAGGCCAUGUCUACACAAUGGGUAGUCCUGUUUAUGGUCAGUUAGGAAUUCCUCAUGCUGAUGGAAAGCUGCCUACUCGUGUUGAGGGAAGGCUCAAGAGUUAUGUGGAGGAGAUAGCUUGUGGUGCCUACCAUGUUGCUGUUUUAACUUCAAGAACUGAGGUCUACACAUGGGGAAAGGGAGCAAAUGGUCGACUGGGUCAUGGUGAUACAGAUGACAAAAGUUCACCCACUUUAGUAGAGUCUCUGAAAGACAAACAAGUCAAAAGCAUUGCUUGUGGUACAAAUUUUACUGCAGCUAUCUGCCUGCAUAAGUGGGUCUCUGGGGUUGAUCGGUCUAUGUGUUCUGGUUGCCGCGUGCCAUUUAAUUUCAAAAGGAAACGGCAUAACUGUUAUAAUUGUGGAUUUGUUUUUUGUCAUUCAUGCAGCAGCAGGAAAUCGCUGAAGGCCUCUAUGGCACCAAACCCGAAUAAACCUUACCGGGUUUGUGAUAAUUGUUUCAGCAAACUAAAGAAAGCCAUUGAAAACGAUGCUUUAUCUCAGUCUUCUGUGAGUAGAAGAGGAAGCAUUAAUCAGGGGUUUAAUGAACUAAUUGAAAAAGAUGAGAAGCCAGAUUCUAGAUCUCGUCCUCAUCUUGCUAGAUUUUCCUCAAUGGAGUCCCUGAAGCAAGGAGAAAGUCGUUCUUCCAAGAGAAAUAAGAAACUAGAAUUCAAUAGUAGUCGUGUGUCACCUAUUCCUAAUGGAAGUUCCCAGUGGGGGGCUCUUAACAUCUCUAAAUCAUUUAAUCCAGUAUUUGGGUCAUCCAAGAAAUUCUUCUCUGCUUCUGUUCCUGGAUCCAGAAUUGUAUCUCGGGCUACAUCACCAAUAUCAAGACGCCCAAGUCCACCUCGUUCAACAACCCCAACGCCCACUCUAGGUGGACUUACCUCUCCGAAAAUGGUUGUGGAUGAUGCUAAGAGAACAAAUGAAAGCCUUAGUCAAGAAAUUAUUAAAUUAAGAUCACAGGUGGAAAAUCUGAGUCGCAAAGCACAACUUCAAGAAAUCGAGUUGGAAAGGACUGCUAAGCAGCUAAAGGAAGCAAUAGCACUUGCAGGGGAGGAAACUGCAAAAUGUCAAGCAGCAAAGGAAGCAGCAAAGGAAGUGAUCAAGUCACUCACUGCCCAACUGAAGGAUAUGGCUGAAAGGCUGCCUGUGGGAGCAGCCCGAAACAUCAAGUCACCUGGUUCCUUUCCUUCUAAUCCUACUUCCAAUGAAGUUUCAAGUGCUUCUAUUGAACGAUUGAAUGGAGUUUCAAAUGCUUCUAUUGAACGGUUGAAUGGAGUUUCAAAUGCCUCUAUUGAACAAUUGAAUGGAGUUUCAAACGUGUCUAUUGAACGAUUGCAUGGGGUUUCAAAUGCUUCCAUUGACCAAUUGAAUGGAGUUUCAAAUGCUUCUAUUGACCGAUUGAAUGAUCAAAUAACAUGUCGAGAACCAGAUUCCAAUGGAUCGAACAGCCAGUUUUCAAAUUGGUCGAGCACCACUAGUAACCACAGUUCAGGCCAUAACAGGCAAGUCCAGUCAGAAACAACCAUCAGAAGUGGGAGCAGAAUGAAAGAAGGUGAAUCUCGCAAUGACAAUGAAUGGGUUGAGCAAGAUGAGCCAGGUGUUUACAUCACACUUACCUCUCUACCCGGAGGUGUUAAAGAUCUCAAGCGAGUAAGAUUCAGUCGGAAGCGAUUUAGCGAGAAACAAGCAGAACAGUGGUGGGCUGAGAACCGAGGAAGGGUGUAUGAACAGUACAACGUGCGGAUGGGUGAUAAAUCAAGCGUGGGUGUUGCUAGUGAGGACUUAGGACAUUGACAAGUGAGGAUGUUAACCAUAUGUUUCUCUUCUUUUUUUUUUUUUGUUCUUUCUUUUUUGGGGUUUUGUGUCUAAAUUGCUGCCUCCCAUUAGUAGGAUCUGAUGAUGGCCUUGAUGAGCAAGUAGGGUUGCCUUUCGUCUUGUCUUCAAAGGGGGUAAGGUUUGCUAUGAAAAUGAGUAGUAGUAGAGAGAAAGAGAGGGGCUGGGCCUGGGGCUGGGGCUUGGGUUGCUUUCAUUUUGAUUUUUGCAGAUUUUUAUAACUUGAUUUUGCAUUUUGAUUUUUUCCCCAACUGUGCCUUCUGUGUGGGGGGAUUGAGGGUGAGAAAUGUAAAUCUUUAGUAGGUUGCUGUCUCUUGUUUAAAGCAGCUGCCAUGUAAAUUUCAUAAGCGAAUGCAUCUCCAAUUCAUUUUCUUUUUCUUUUUAUUAUUAUUAUUAUUAUUAUUAUU